UUCUGACUCAGGUAUUUAACAGGUUCCCAGAUCUGGGACAAACCCAUGGAAACAGGACAGAGUUUGGUCCAGUUCUUACAAAGUCUCCUUCAUGGACCGCAUCAUGGAGUCCAGGUCUGGUCAGGUUCAGGUUUGGAAAGACACGUUUCAGUGUGAAGUGUUUAUUUAAUGAGAGAGUAAAACGUGUUCGUGUUUGAUUCAGAUAUCGGAGACAUGGAGCGAUGGACCCUGGUGGGAGGUCUGGAAGCUCGUCGUCAUGGUGACUGCUCUCACCUUACUGCUGAUCGAUCGAUGGAUCGAUGGGAUGGAAAGCUCUUCGGGCUGAUGGACUCCUGGUGCAUUGUGGGAUGGAAAAAGCAGCUUUCUGUGUGAACGAGGUCGCUGUGGAGUCGAUAUCUGCUGCUCCACAUUUUAUCAGUCCACGACUGUUAGCCUAGCUUAGCACAAAGACUGGAAGCGGGGGGAAACUGUUAGCCCAGCUCCCUCUAAAGAGAAAAAAAUAAAAGUAAUGCAGAACUUCCAUAGGAAAUGUGCUGUUUUAGUAGUCAUCAGCACUGUCCUCGCACAUCGGGCUGCAGCAGGAGAACUCCUUCUGCUCUCUUUGUUCGAGGAAACCAAACGAGGGAAGGUCAUUAUGUCGACAGCACCGGUGCCAGACGGGCUGGUCCCACUAUAACCAUCAGAUCUGUGUCGUUUCACCUUUAGCGCCACCUCCUGACAAUAACAGGAGACGUUAUCGAGAGACCUGGCGAACGUGAGCCCUCCUGAAUAUUAUUCUCUCGACCUCGGUGGGGAAAAGCUCCACCUGCUCCACCAGCCGCCUAGGAAGUUUUUAUUUUAAAUGUUUUUCUUUGUAGACGUCCUGCAGCCUGGUCCACCCAAUUAAUCUGUUUAAAUUCUGCAUUUUGUCAGCGCUUUUAAAGAUAUACGGUAUCACACAAUAAUGAAAAAAGGUCUAAAAUUAGCAGUUAACCUGUUUGUCCUUCAGUGAUCCGGUGCUUCCAGCGUCAUGGAAACAACUGGAUCUGGUUCUGGUUUUAGGGAGACUAGAACAAUGUUAUGAGACUGCAGUCGGUACCAAGCCAUUCAUGAGUUUCCUUAAUGACUGCAAACUGACUGAGAGCUCUUUAAACCAAAUAUUAUUAUUAUAUAAUAUAUAAAUAUUCAGUUAAUUAUUGGAAACCGUAACCAUAUUUUUACAUGUUCUUCCACUGAAAGAGGUUAGGGUUACCCUAACCCUUACACUAGAAAUAAUGAUGUUAUUUGAAGUUUGUUUUCACUGAAGUCAAACGCUCAUUCACGUCAGAGUUAAACCUGAGCUCCAUUAAACUGCGACAGUCCGGUCACAUCUGGAGCAGAUGUUGAUUUGUUCUCUGAGUUAAUGGAUCAGUCCGAGCUCGACUCAAUAAUCCUCGAUCGAUCGCGCUGAUAUAAAGAGCUGCAGCAGGAAGGCCGGGGCAGAGAGGCGACCGAAGCUGAAACCAGCCGCCAGCGAUGAGUCGUCACCACCCGGCCGGGCAGGCGUCUCUCUGCUCUGCGGGAGAAAACUGCACCUCCUUCCUGACCGAUCGCCAUCAUCGCGGCAGGAUGUCGAAGCUCCUCCGCCUGCCUGGCCACGCCCCCACGCAAAACGCUCACCUGCAGCCUCGCCUGUUCCCCACCGUGGACGUCCCUGACCACGCCCACUACAUCAUUGGCUCUGUCAUCCUGUUGGUCGGGGUGACGGGCAUGCUGGGAAACGCUCUGGUCAUCUAUGUGUUCUGUCGCAGUCGGACGCUGCGGUCGUCCAGCAACCUGCUGGUGGUCAACCUGGCUGCCGCAGACUUCCUGAUGUCUCUGACGCAGUCUCCUGUCUUCUUCGUGGCCAGCCUGCACCGCCGCUGGGUGUUUGGGGAGCUCGCCUGCGAGCUGUACGCCUUUUGCGGCGCGCUGUUCGGCAUCACCUCCAUGAUGCUGCUGACGGCCAUCGCCGUGGACCGCUGCCUGACCAUCACGCGGCCACUGGCCCUGCUGGAUGGGGUGAGUCGUGGCCGGGUGUUGGUGGUGCUGGCGGGGGUGUGGUUGUACUCUCUGGGCUGGAGUCUACCACCGUUCUUUGGGUGGAGCGCCUACGUCCCCGAAGGCCUGCAGACGUCCUGCAGCUGGGACUACAUGAGCUUCACGGCCUCCGUGCGUGCCUACACCAUCCUGCUGUUCACCUUCGUCUUCUUCAUCCCGCUUGGUCUGAUCGCUGGCUGCUACUUCGCCAUCUUCCAGGCGGUGCGGCAGGCAGGUCGGGAGGUGGAGCAGCUGAACUGCGGAGAGACCAACAAGGCGUACGAGCGUCUGCGCAGCGAGUGGCGGUUGGCUAAAGUGGCUCUGGUAGCGAUCCUGCUGUUCAUCGUCUCCUGGUCACCGUACUCCGUGCUCGCUCUGACCGCCACGGCCGGCUACGCCCAUCUGCUAAUGCCCUACAUGAACUCAGUUCCUGCUGUCGUUGCCAAGGCCUCCGCCAUCCACAACCCCAUCAUCUACGCCAUCACACACCCAAAGUACCGCGCCGCCAUCGGCCGCCACGUCCCGCUGCUGCGCCCUCUGCUGCGGCAGGAGAAGGAUCUGCGCUCGUCUUUGAGCUCCAGUGGCGCUUCGUCUCGUCGAGCCACGCUCACCAGUCAGAGCUCGCCAGGAGUCCGGCUCGGCGCCGGCGUCCAGGCCAACAGCCGCUGGGGGAGGAGCCGGUUGUCCUCAGCGUCUGACAGCGAGUCCUGCUGGACGGAGAGCGAAGCUGAUGGAUCCAGCGCCGGGUCAACGGUCUUCACCCGACAGGUGUCCGCUGACGUCACUACUGACACCGCGGACAACACCUGCACCGGCCUCCUCAGCCUCGGCAUCUCGGCUGCAGGACCUGACUCUGACUCACCUGAUGGGGGCGCUGCAGCGGAGGGUAAACCUCUGCUUCCUCUGUGACACCUGCUGCAGACAUGGCUCCGCCCCUUCACACGCCACGAUUUAAGAAACAACGAGACUGAAGAAGAAACUGAUGUUCAGGAGGAAGUCUUCAGGUAGUUACGUAAAGGUUUUGAUUGGACGUAGAGAAAACAUCACAUUGGGGGCGGAGCUGGAGUUUAACACCGAUGACAUCACUGUUUUGCUUACAGUCGCCAUGGUUACACGCAUACUGCCCCAAAUUAUCCUGAAUUUACUGGAUUUUGAGCUUUAGCUGAGAUGCACUUUAGUUUUUGCUUUAUUUAUUGAUCGUUAGGAACAAUGAUCAGAAGAUUGUUUCACCUGAUCACCUGAUUUGCUUUUGUUGUGAUUAAACGUCAGACAUUUACAGUUCAGACUCUGCUCACACCUUUAUUUCAUCCUUUAAUGUUUCUUCAGCUUCAGGUAGGUUUCCGUACUUUAGGCACAAGUGAACAGACUCACUUCCUGUUUCUGACUCCUUCACUUCACUUUGACUGAAUUUGACUUUUAAUUAAACGACUCCUUUAACUUCAGCGUGUUUCUUCUGGAUGAACGACUGACGUCAGUUUAUUUAAACGAACGUGUGACACAGACUGAAUCCAGAUCAGUGAGUCUGACUGAUCAAUACAUGUUCAAACGUAUUGAUCUGAUCAGACCACGGUCUCUCUGUGUCGCUGCUGCAGCUCCAACUCUGUCUCCUAUUCUUCCUCCUUCCUCCCUUUCUCACCUCCCUCUUUCCUUCUCUGCUUCCUUCUUCCUUUCCUUCCUUACCUUCUUUAUGUUUUGUUUCCUUCCGUCCUUACCUCAUUUCCUUUUUUACCUUCCUCUCCCCUUCCCCUUUUUGUUCUUUACCUCCUUGUAGUCUUCCUCACGCCUGUCAGUCAGACUCUCACUUCCUGCCCUGUCAUCAUGAACAUCAGUGUUGAUUCUUCUUCACUGAACAUGAAAGUAUUCUGCAGACUUCCUGUUUGUCUCCUCUGUGCUGAAAGGUGGUUAUAUAUUCCUGUUGAACCAGCCUUCUUCUGUCACUGUUGUUGUUCUUGAUGUCAAUAAAGCUUCAGUGGAUUGAAUGGAACCUGUUAAUCCA